UAACUCCUUCCCAUUUGUACACCCUUUUUGAUUAUUUGGGUGAUUCUCUUUAGCACUUUGUAAAUAUGAUCCUGCAUUAGUUUAUUAAUUAAAGUUCACACUUCACAUGGUUUUAUGUGCUGCAUUAUACAGUUAUGUGCAAUUAGUUUGUGAAUUCAUUUGGAGUUCUCAAGCUGGAUUUGCUUGAGAGGGCUUGUGAUUAUUCUGCACAUUCAACAAAGUUGAAGUAAAAGGUUCAUAUGGGAGGAUCCAUCAGCUUAGAUUAGGCAUGAGAGGAAAGAACAGGAGAGGCUGUUCUCUGUUGCAUUAAAGUUAUGUGCAAAUAGUUUGUGAAAUCAUUUUGAGUUCUCAAGCUGGAUUUGCUUCAGAGUGCUUGUGAUUGUUCUACUCAUUCAACCAAGUUAAAUCCAUCACUUUAGCAAGUAUGGUUCUAGGCAUGAGAGGAAAGAACAGGAGAGGAGUCACAGUUCAAAUUGAUUUCCUCAUUCACAUUCAGGAGAUUAAGCCUUGGCCUCCUUCACAAUCUCUAAGAUCCCUGCGAUCUGUGUUGAUAGAAUGGAAGAAUGGUGAAUGUGCAUCAGGUUCUACCAAUCUUGUUGCCCCUUCACUUGGUUCAGUUAUAGGUGAAGGGAGAAUUGAAUUUAAUGAGUCAUUUAGGCUUCAUGUAACUUUGUUGAGGGACAUGUCUGUGAGAGGUGGUGAUGCCGAUGUGUUCCAAAAGAAUUGCUUGGAGUUCAACUUGUACGAGCCGCGGAGAGAUAAGACUGUUAAGGGCCAGUUGCUGGCAACUGGCGUCGUAGAUUUGGCAGAAUAUGGGGCACUUAAAGAGUCCUUGAGCACUAGUGUUCCUAUGAACUGCAAGAGGAGCUACAGGAACACAGAUCAGCCACUUUUGUUCAUUAAAAUUCGGCCCGUUGAAAGGAAUCGCGCUAGUGCCUUGUUGAAGGAUAGUAAUGGUGGUGACUCAGUGUCAACACUCAUGAAUGAAGAAUAUGCUGAGGAAGCCGAGAUUGCCUCUUUUACUGAUGAUGAUGUCUCGUCACAUUCAUCUGUGGCAGCAGUUUCUACUUCAAUUGAGUCCACUGGUUUUACCCAGCCAAAAUUUGGAACGAACGAACCAAUUAGCAACAACACUGGUGUGAAUGCUAAGAAACAUCCCUUGGCUUCAGAAAGAAGGCUUGAGAACAUGAAUAUGGUGCAAGAAGAUACACACAAGCUUGAGAGGAGUUCUUACGUGUCAUCAACGGAUGUAUCUCCUGUUAUCAGGAGUCUGGUAAAUGGUCAUGCUUCUAAUUCUCCUAAUCGCAAUUCAUUGUCAAUCCAAAAGCUAGCUGCUUCACCUAGUGCCGAUUCUUCAUCACCAUCUUCAGUUUGUGACAAUUUAGACAUAAAUCCUAGGAGCAUGACAAGAAGCAGUGGUCAUGAAAGUUUGGGUCAGAGUUUUCAUGAAAAGCUUGCUAAUUACAGAAAUAUAGUUGCUGAUGUCCAAAGAAACAGUAAUGAAAGUACUUUUGGCAUUUAUUCAAAACAUACAUCAUCUCAAGAUAGAGGUCACUUCACUAGCAAAAAUCCAGGCUAUGAAAACUUUGAUACUACUAAAUGUGAUGACAAAUUAAAUGGGAGAUGUAAGGAAGCUGACAAAUAUUUUAUGAAGGAGAGAUCAAAUUUGGAUGGAAAUGAAAGAUCUAAUUUGGAUGGGCAAAACUACAUAGAAGAUGAACAAUUGGUAGCACAAGAGGCCAGAGAUCAAGCCUUAUUGGGUAGCAAUACACAUUCUUAUGGGGAGUCAAAUACGAGUAUGCAGGAAAAUAUUCUCAAAAGUGAAAGAUUAAAGAACACGAAGUCGGUGAGGUUACCGGGAGACUCAGUUAGGAAUGCUGAAUUAAAUGAAAAUGGAAUUCUUGGAGAUGCACAAAACAGUUCAGGGAACAGAAGCAAUGACAGAAGAGAUUCUAAGAUUCUUGCAAAGGAAAUAAGAAGUGGUACUCUAGAUGGAAAAAUUGAGCAUUUAGAAAAGAAGAUAAAGAUGCUUGAAGGAGAGUUAAGAGAAGCCGCUGCUAUUGAGGCUGCUUUAUAUACAGUAGUUGCUGAGCAUGGAAACUCCACAAGUAAAGUUCAUGCCCCAGCUCGGCGCCUUUCCAGGCUCUAUCUUCAUGCUAGUAAAGAAAAUCUUCAAGAAAGAAGGGCUGGGGCAGCUAAAAGUUCAGUUUCAGGAUUAGUACUUGUUACAAAGGCAUGUGGAAACGAUGUCCCAAGGUUGACUUUUUGGUUGUCUAAUACUAUAGUGUUGAGAACAAUUAUAAGCCAAACAGUCAAAGUUCCACCAAAUCCUGCUGGAUCUGGUAGAAGAAAGAAAACUGAGGGAGAGGAGGGGUGUGGCAAGAUAACAACCUCACUAAGGGUGAAGGGGUUAUACCCCAGAAAAACUGAAAAUACAGCUUUAGGAUAUGAAGGUUUUGGUAACUGGGAUGAUCCCCAUAUAUUCAUAUUAGCACUCGAAAAGGUUGAAGCUUGGAUCUUCUCUCGCAUUAUAGAAUCCAUCUGGUGGCAGACUCUGACUCCACAUAUGCAGCACACCAUGGUGACCAACAAGGAAGUGAUGUCUGCCACAAGAAAAGACUAUAGAAGGACUUCAAGCUCAUGUGAUCAAAAGCAGGGUAACUUGUCUGUAUAUAUUUGGAAGAAUGCUUUUAGGGAAGCCUGUGAAAGGGUCUGUCCUAUUCGAGCCCGAGGGCAUGAGUGUGGCUGUCUGUCUAUGCUUUCUAGAUUGAUAAUGGAGCAGUGUGUGGCGAGGUUAGAUGUGGCUAUGUUCAAUGCCAUUCUUCGCGAAUCUGCUGAUGAUAUACCAACUGAUCCUGUAUCUGAUGCUAUUAGUGAUCCCAACGUUCUCCCCAUUCCACCUGGAAAAUCAAGCUUCGGAGCUGGUGCACAGCUAAAAACUGUGAUUGGGACCUGGUCUAGAUGGUUGACUGAUCUAUUUGGCAUGGAUGAUGUUGACUCAAUUGAAGAUAAAGCUGACCCUGAUCACAAUGAAGAGAGAGAAAAUACAUUCUUUAAGUCCUUCAGUAUUCUCAAUGCACUAAGUGACCUCUUGAUGCUUCCUAAGGAUAUGCUGUUAAGUGCAUCCAUAAGGAAUGAGGUGUGCCCAAUGUUUAAUGCAACACUUAUCAAGAAGAUUCUAGACAACUUUGUCCCGGAUGAGCUUUGCCCUGAUCCUGUUCCCUCUAAUGUUUUUGAAGCUUUGAACUCAGAGAAUGAAAUGGAAGAUGGAAAGGAGUAUGUCAACAACUUUCCAUGCAUUGCAGCUCCCAUUGCCUAUUCACCACCACCAGCAACUUCCAUUGCAAGCAUUGUUGGGGAGAUAGGAAGCAAAUCUCAACUAAGAAGAAACAAAUCUUCUGUUGUUAGGAAGUCACACACAAGUGAUGAUGAGCUCGAUGAAUUGAAGUCCCCAUUGUCUUCAAUAUUCUUCAGUGUUUCCUCAUCCCCAAAAGUUUUAACAAAAUCCAGCUUGAAGUUCAAAGAAAUUCGCAACCAAUCUCCUGUCAGAUAUGAACUCCUUAGGGAUGUAUGGAUGAAAAGCGAUUAGUCUUCUUGUAGAUAGAUUCUACACUCUUUUAAAGUGAGCUUGUAUGUAAAAUAAAAUAAUAAAUUGUGCAGGUAAAAGUGUAUUGACUUUGGGUAAAACUCAUACGGUUCAGUAGGUGCUUUUAGUAUUAUACAGUCGAGUGGAUGGAUCAACCAGCAUGGAGUUGUUCUAGUUUAACCAGUGAUUUCUGGUCUCGAGUUCAAAUCCUGAUAUGCAACUAUGUUAAAUAUUCAAAAAGAGAGUUUUACAGCC